CCAGGAGAGGAAGUUUUGUGGUCGGCGCUCAGCAACGUAGCAGAAGCCACUUGCGGGAGCUGAGACUCUUUCGCCCUACCUCAGCAACUCACUCCAUGGCAGUUCCCGAGACCCGCCCCAACCACACUAUUUAUAUCAACAAUCUCAACGAGAAGAUCAAGAAGGAUGAGCUGAAGAAGUCCCUGUACGCUAUCUUCUCCCAGUUUGGCCAGAUCCUGGAUAUCCUGGUAUCACGAAGCCUGAAGAUGAGGGGCCAGGCCUUUGUCAUCUUCAAGGAGGUCAGCAGCGCCACCAAUGCCCUGCGCUCCAUGCAGGGUUUCCCCUUCUACGACAAGCCUAUGCGCAUCCAGUACGCCAAGACUGACUCGGAUAUCAUUGCCAAGAUGAAGGGCACCUUUGUGGAGCGGGACCGCAAGCGGGAGAAGAGGAAGCCCAAGAGCCAGGAGACCCCGGCUGCCAAGAAGGCCGUGCAGGGUGGGGCGGCCGCCCCUGUGGUGGGCGCUGUCCAGGGGCCUGUCCCGGGCAUGCCGCCGAUGACUCAGGCGCCCCGCAUCAUGCACCACAUGCCGGGCCAGCCUCCCUACAUGCCGCCCCCUGGCAUGAUCCCGCCUCCGGGCCUCGCACCCGGCCAGAUCCCACCAGGGGCCAUGCCUCCACAGCAGCUUAUGCCGGGACAGAUGCCACCUGCACAGCCUCUUUCAGAAAAUCCACCAAAUCACAUCUUGUUCCUCACAAACCUGCCUGAAGAGACCAACGAGCUCAUGCUUUCCAUGCUUUUCAACCAGUUCCCUGGCUUCAAGGAGGUCCGGCUGGUCCCAGGGCGGCACGACAUCGCCUUCGUGGAGUUUGACAAUGAGGUGCAGGCAGGGGCCGCACGCGACGCCCUGCAGGGUUUCAAGAUCACCCAGAACAACGCCAUGAAGAUCUCCUUUGCCAAGAAGUAGCACCCUUUCCCCAUGUCUCUGUCCCCUGUUCUGGGGCCACCCCCUCCCCCUCUUGGCUCAGCCCCCUGAAGGUAAGUCCCCCUCGGGGGCCUUCUUGGAGCCGUGUGUGAGUGAAUGGUCGCCACACAGCAUUGUACCCAGAGUCUGUCCCCAGACAUUGCACCUGGCGCUGUUAGGCUGGAAUUAAAGUGUUUUUUUUGAGGUUUGUUUUUUUCACAACCGUUGGUUGUUUUUAUUUUCUUGUCCUGUGUGUUUCCCUUCCCUGCACAUCAGAUUAUUCUGAGCGUUUGGGCCUCUCAGCACGUUGGGGAUUGCAACCUUGGGAAAACCCAGAAUAGUGUAGCAACAUUGUCUAAAUUAAAGUCACUUUUACCACUUUGGUAGAUUUUUAUUUUGUCUCAAUCAGCAUUCAGGGCAGGAAAUUAAAACCCAUGCUGCCAGGUACAGUUUGGGCAGGUUCUGUACUGUGCAAGGAUGCCACUUUUAAUGGCACACCAUUCACUUCGUAGACUUGUAUGUUGAUUCCAGUAAUUUUCUAACGUGAUAGAUUGUUAAGAAAGAGGUUUUUCUUCAUCUUUUUCUGGACAAAAAUGCCUUCUGUCAUAGCAAGAGUCCCACGGAAACCAUUCUAGGUACUUCAGGAAGAAAGGGAAGGGAAUUGGGUAUUCAUGAAAUCGUCGGGAGGAUGUUAGUGGUGGCAAUCUGGGUUGGAGACAUUUGAAUUCAAGUUUGCAGCCCUCGAUUGAGCUGCAGUCUCUAGAGUUCAGGAGGAUGUCAGUGCUGCUGUUGGGAGUCCCUAAACUUCACACUUGGGAAGCUCCUGAUCAGAUGCUGGUACCAGGAGCGUGGCCAGUUCACACACAGCUGCUCCCCCCGCUGGCCAGGUGCCAGCCAGGAGCUUCGGGCAGAUGGCUGAGCCAAUCUUCCCUCCAGUGCCCCAACUGCAGGGGAGGCUGGGAAAUGUGGUUCCUGGCUGGACGGUCACGUACCCAGCUGAAGCUAUGGAUAAGAAGGGGAGAUUGAAUGGGGGACCUUUCUUCGCAGUCUGUCAUACACCUGACCUGGCAAUUUUUAAAUCGACUGAAGUAUAUUAUAUAUAUAUAUGUAUAUAUAUAGCUUAAAACCUUUUCUCACACCAUGUAGAUGGGAAAGUGUGAUCACUUGCCAGAGUAGAAAAUUAACCACAAAGAUAAAUGCAAUAAGACAUAGUGCUAAAUUCUCCCUGGAGAUUUUUGUCCUGUCAAGGCUCUGAGCCCCAGCCUCCUCCUGCUGCACUCCUUCCGUUAAAGAGGAACAUCAGUGUUUGAAGCAUUUGAACAUCAGGGUUUGUGGCACCAGAGGCACACUUUCACCUUGUAGGAUCUGAAAGAUGAAAAGGGGAAGGUGAUUGCCGUCUUCACUAAAUGGCGCAGUGUUAUUGCAGAUGGCUCGUGGGAACCCGGGGUCUGUGGACCGUGGAUCCUGGUUUCUCCUGUCCGCCUGCUGGGGGGGCUCCCUGGCUGUUUCCUCCAUGGGCAGUUGAUGUCUGCACUCUGAGCUUCAUUUUCUUCCUGUGCAAAGAGGACUCUUUCUGUGGUGCACCGCCCGCCUCCCUCUCCCCCCACCACUGCUACCCCACCGGGCACGUAGCAAGCACUGAAUAAAUUCAGCAAAUAACUUGCUGAGUACCUAUUACACACUAAGUACUGUUCUUGGCACAGGUUGUGCGGUGGCAAAUGAAAUAGACAAGCUAAUUUCAAAUGCUGGGUUCUGAUAGAAACAACUGACAUAAUGGGGUGACGUGUCGGUGGAGCUGGGGAGCAGUAACAGGUGACCAAGGGGAGCCCCUCUGAGUAGGUGAUAUUUGAGUAGAGCUGUUUGAUGCUCUCAUGGUACUUGGUGCUGGGUGUUGGGUAUGUGGAGAUGGCUUAGGCCCAGUCUUUGCCCCUGAUGAAUUCUUCCCCACCCCAAGCCUGUGUGUGUCCAUCUGCUUCCCCUAAAACUAAAGUUCGGACUUGCUUGCUGACCAGGGGUGAGAAUACCUGAGGAAAGAGAUGGGUCUUCAGGCAUGUAGAUCUCUGUUUGAAGCA